UGAAGCAGCUGAGUUUCACUUUUAAUUUCUUUAAUCUUCCAUGGUUUCGCAAACAGCUCGUAUGAUUUAAUCAGCACUGUAUCGUUUAAAAUACAACUACGAACACGAAGAGCGUUUUAAAUACUGCUCUCAUAUGGUUGCUUUCAAGGUAAAAGUAUGGCUGCCCUAGAUGCCUCUAGAGAUAUAAAAGAAGCCGAGGAUGCAGCUCAAAUGUUGAGCGAUGCCAUCAACUCUAGAGACAAAGAUGAAGCGAGCAAAUACCUGGAUCAACUUUUGGAUCUAAAACUCCCAGUGUGUGUCAAAAUAAAUCCUGAAGCAUACUCUAAAGACAACAUCAGGUUGAGAGUAGGAGUGGCGGACGCCGUGUCAGACGCCCACAUCCCAAUAACAGUGAUUGUACCAGUUUACAUGACAAUAUCAGAGCUGAAAGAAAAGAUCAAUCGUGACUAUGGCUUCCAUCCGGCCCUCCAGCGCUGGGUGAUCGGGAAGCGCCUCGCCCAGGACAGAGAAACCCUGUAUCAUUAUGGGGUCAGAAACCAUGAUGAUACAGCCUUCCUCUUUAUCCUUUCCACCCAGGCUGCCAAUCUGAGCCGCGAACAAGAGAGAAAAGAGAAAGAGGAUAGACGGAUUGAUGAUAUAAUUGAGGUCAUUGAUCGUCCACCUCAACGGCCACCAGAGCUCAUCGCCAGAGGAGCUAAUCCCCCUCCUCUACCUCCCAAACCUCAGCCAGUUGGUUGGUCAUGUCCUGGCUGCACAUUUGUGAAUAAACCAACACGUCCAGGUUGUGAGAUGUGCAGCACAGCAAGACCUGAGAACUAUGAAGUACCUGACAUAUACCAGCCCGAUGAGACGGAAACCAGGAGACUCCAGCAGGAGGAACUCGCCAGCCUGCAGUAUGAGCAGUCUAUGAAGGAUGAACGGGAGAGGAAUUUCCAAGAACUCCUUGAAACGGAUUCCCACAGUCUGGUGGGGAACGUGGAAGAGCUGGAUUGUGCCAUCUGCUUUUGCACCAUCAUGCCAGGAGAGGGCGCUGUGCUGAGAGAGUGCCUGCAUAGCUUCUGCAGGGAAUGUCUGAAGGAAACAGUUCUGAACUGCACGGAUGCUGAGGUGGCUUGUCCUUACAGAGACAAUGCUUAUUCCUGUAACUGCAAACUUCAAGAUCGAGAAAUCAGAUCACUUCUCUCCCAGGACGAGUACCAGAAGUUUCUAGAACUGAGGCUGAACAUCGCAGAGUCCCGCAGUGAGAACAGUUACCACUGCAAGACCCCCGACUGCGCUGGCUGGUGCAUCUUCGAAGAUGACGUGAACGAAUUCACAUGUGACAUUUGCAACGAGACCAACUGUCUCCUCUGCAAGGCUAUUCACAAAGGUAUGAACUGCAAGGAGUACCAGGAUGACCUCCGUAUUCGAGCGCAGAAUGACGACGCAGCCCUGCAGACCACACAGAUGACGAAUCAACUCCUGAAGAACGGCGAGGCGAUGAACUGUCCCAAAUGUCAGGUGAUCGUCCAGAAGAAAGACGGCUGUGACUGGAUCUGCUGUCUGAUGUGCAAGACCGAGAUCUGCUGGGUGACUAAACAAGCCCGGUGGGGACCUCAGGGUGCUGGAGACACAUCAGGCGGAUGCAAAUGUCGAGUCAACGGAGUCCUUUGCCAUCCGCGCUGUCAGAACUGCCACUAAACACCGGUGGCGUCGCUGAAUGCUGCUGAUUCGACAAGCAAAAACAUGCGCUACAGCAACAAGACAUUUCCAAAACUCCUUAAAGUGAUCCAUGCGGGGUUGAUGUGAUGCAUACAGUUUGCAAUUCUAGCUUUAAAACAUUUGCUCAGUCCGGCACAUUCAUCUGGAUGUCAGUACUUAAUAGAUAUGUUCUAGGACUAAAUAUUCAGACCGUGUUUACAAAAUUAAAAAUAUCUGAGGUUUCAUGGGAUAGUAUAAACUGAUGAAAAAGUGUUUAAAUUUUUAAAAUAUACGUCAAACUGUCUUAAAUCACUACUGGCAAACUGAUGCUGUGGGAGUUUGUGCAAUGAUAUUGUAAGAGGAAAGCAUUAUUGUGUAAAAAUAUAGAUUUUUUUUAAAAGGCAAUUUUUGUUUAGAACCCAAAGAUUUUUUUGUGUGCAAGAUCAUAGCAAAAUAUGCAAUAUGGAACAAUGAAGGAACAAAUCACAUUAAAGAAGAAAAGUGCAUUAAAUAUUAAUUUAAAAGCAGAAGAAAUGCAGCAAAUGGAAUAGAAUGUAAUCAGAUGCGUAAUUUCACUUUUUAUGAUGAACAAAAAAAUGCUCAAUUAUUAUAAUUACGGCUAUAUUAAAAAAUUAAUACUGAAAAAAAAAAGUUAUCUAAUAAUUAGACUAUAGUUUUUUCCCCAUAUUGCAUUUUUCAACAUGUAGAAGCAUUUUCAUUCUGUUGACAAUAUUCUCUUGUUUACAAAAUUGUAUGAUUCAAUAAAACUGGUAUACAAUUUAUUUAUUUAUUUAUUUUUUAAAGACACCAUUAAAUAACCUCUUAAAAAUAAAUAAUUCACAAAAAAGCAGUGCAAAAUUCAUUAAAAACAAUAAGUAUUUUUUACUCAAAUCAUUUUACUUUUCUUUUUAUUUAAACAUAUUUAGCAACAUGGUCAAAUGUGACAUUAACAUGAGUGAACCUAAGACAAUCUCUCAAAGUGCAAAAAAUAAGCAAGAAGUGUGUUCUUUAGUGCAAAAUUAAUGCAAUAUAAAAGCAUAAACAGUAGUUUUGUGUGGAUGGCAUCGUGUUAUUUCAAUAAAUCAUGAUUCAUGGAUGUUUUCAACCGAGCAGUGUUAGAAUCUUGGAAAAUAUCCAGUUGGAUGUUACUCGAAGCUUAGAUGUUGUGGAAACGAUCAGUUGUGAUCAGCAUUUAAACAACAAAAAUAUCAAUGUGCCAUGAUUCAACACUGAUCUAGAGUUCAGUUCGAGAAACACACUCCAGAAUCAAGGAAUCUCAAGUCUGUAGAACAAGCUGAAGUUAUUCAGAAGUGGUUUCGAUUCCUGCUCUGAGAUUCGUGAAAAGUGCACGUUAUGUACUAGGAUCAGCACUUAUCACAAAAAAUACUGUAUUUAAGGUGUUUCAGAGAAAAAAACCCCCAAUGUAGUGGAAAAAAAAUAACCUCAAAAACAUUAACAUACAAAUUACGAACAUAAUAAAAAGUUGGUUCAUUCACUGCUUUUGUAAAUGGUUUCUUUUUUUAUUUUGCAUACACUUAACAAAUGAGAUUCGUACCCAUAAGGGGUCCUGGACCAAUCAGAUGAAAUGUCUAAUUCUACAAAAGUUUUCUAAAAAUAUUUUGGUCUCAAUUUAUUUAGAGUUUUUCAAUGUUAGCAAAGUAUAAUAAAGAACAUAGUGUCUCAAUCAUGAACCACAAGUUGAGCAAAUCUCUGAAAAAGCCAUUCUUGUGAAAUUGUUGAUUUUGAGGGAAUGGUUUUAGAAAGGUUGUUUUCUUUAAGUGUUGUAUGUGAAUUUCAAACAUAAAGUAUCCCAAAAAGGAAAAAGUUUUACAAAGGACUUGACAACAUCCAUAAAAGCAUAUUUACGCAAACUGUUAUUCAAUUUGAUUUGACAAUUUAUGGAAAUAAAUUUUUCAAACAUUGUA